AUGGAAAAUAUGGCUUCGUGUAGUUUAUCUAUAGAAAAAAGAUAUGACCAUUUGAAAUCGUUUUCAAAUAAUAUUGGAGGGUUAGUACUCGAAUUAAAAGAUUUAAUAAAAGUUCAUGAAAUAUUAAUUUAUAAAGAGAAACUAAAAACUUCGGAAAAGGAUAGAAUUAAAAAACACCAAGAUGAUUUGCUAGUCCUCAAGCAAGAACUAGAAAUUAUAAAAAAAGAAAAUGUAAAAAUGGAUGAACAGUUAAAAUAUUACAAAAGAAUUGAUGGCUCUAUUAAUAGUCAAAUAAAUAAUGUAUCAGAAAAUAUCCAAAAAGUGAAAUUAAAUAUAAAUAUGGAACACAAAAAGAAAAUGGAAAUGACAAAAAAUAUUAACGAAAUAAAAAAUAAAUAUAGCAAAACUUUAAAACAAAAGCAAUUGGUGAAUGAAAAAUCGUCACAUCUUGUAAAAAAUGCUAUUGGAAAAACAGAACCUUCUAAAGAAGUUAAUAAAGAAAAAUGUAAGGAUAUUUCUAAGGAAACUCGAUAUAAGAACAUCAAUCAAAUAUUCAAUGCCCCCAAAGCUGAGGACAAUAACAUAAAAAAAAAUAAUGAGGCUGCUCAAAUGUCUAAAGAAGCAAAGAUAUAG